AGUGGAGAUAAACACCGAACGUUUAUGGCCUUUUUCGUGCAAUUCCCGUGGGUUGAAAGCUUUUACUGUAUUCGAGAGGCAAACCUUCUCUUUAUUAGUGGACAAAGAUGACUCAGACAGUUCAGACAAAUGGGGUCCAACCCCUCAGCAAGACCUGGGAGCUGAGUCUCUACGAGCUACAGAGAACUCCACAGGAGGCCAUCACAGACGGUCUGGAGAUAGCCGUGUCCCCUCGUAGCUUACACAGCGAGCUGAUGUGUCCCAUCUGCCUGGACAUGCUGAAGAAUACCAUGACCACUAAGGAGUGCCUGCACCGCUUCUGCGCAGACUGCAUCAUCACAGCCCUCAGAUCAGGGAACAAGGAGUGUCCGACGUGCAGAAAGAAGCUGGUGUCGAAGCGUUCGCUCCGUCCCGAUCCCAACUUCGACGCCCUGAUCAGUAAAAUAUACCCCAGCAGAGACGAAUACGAGGCCCACCAGGAGAGAGUGCUGGCCCGCAUCAGCAAGCACAACAACCAGCAGGCCCUCAGCCACAGCAUUGAAGAGGGCCUCAAGAUCCAGGCCAUGAACAGACUGCAGCGAGGGAAGAAGCACCAGAUUGAGAACGGCAGCGGCGCGGAGGACAACGGGGACAGUUCACACUGCAGCAAUGCUUCAGUGCACAGUAACCAGGAGGCAGGUCCCAGCAUCAAACGCACCAAAACCUCAGAUGACUCAGGCCUGGACAUGGACAACGCCACAGAGAACGGGGGAGGAGACAUGGCCCUGGACGGAGCCAGUGAGAUCGAGCUUGUGUUCAGGCCUCAUCCCACGCUGAUGGAGAAAGAAGACGCCGCGCAAACGAGGUACAUCAAGACUUCGGGGAACGCCACAGUGGACCAUCUCUCCAAAUACCUGGCUGUAAGACUCGCCCUGGAGGAGCUGCGCAAGAACGGAGGGGCCAGUCCCAUCAACGUGGAGGCGGCCAGCGAAAAACAGUACACCAUCUACAUCCCCACAGCCAACAACCAGUUCACAGUCCUGAACGGCUCCUUCUCUCUGGAGCUGGUGAGUGAGAAGUACUGGAAGGUGAAUAAACCCAUGGAGCUCUACUUCGCCCCCACGAAGGAGCACAAAUGAAUCCAGCGAGACACAAGGGUCUGAAACGGCCCGGGACGGACUGAUGGAGCUUCAUUUCCUCUCCUUUCCCUAAUUUUACCUACUUCUCUCUCUCUCUCUCUCUCUCCCUCCUUUCCUCUCUUGUCUGGAGUACAUUAGUCAUAGAGCGCUUGCUCUUCAACAACUGUGGCUGCUUUUUU